AUGACAUUCAAAGGGCGUGUGGUGGCACAAAGUCCAGAGCAAGUGCUGCGUUAUGAUCGUGGUGGACAGCCACUGCUUGCAACGGACAGUGCACCAGCACCGCAUUCUAUUCCAGCGUGUAUCCUUUGUGGCUCGGAGCGCCACUUUGAGCUUCAACUGAUGCCCAAUCUCUUGUCACUGAUUGGCGUCGAUGAAGUGAAACACAGCAUUGAUUGGGCCACUCUGAUGCUCUACACUUGUGCGAAGAAUUGUCAUAUUCCAGAUUGUGGUUAUGCUGAAGAAUUUGUUUUUAAACAAGACUUCCAGUAA